AUGGCGCUCCCAAUCAGUAGCCCCUCACCGAAAGUUGAUCGCUUCCAGCAAGCGAUGGAGUCAAUCUAUGGCAGCUUCAGUAACAUAGUUGACCCCGAGAAUUGGACCCCACCCCCUAGGUCCGGCGGGCACCGAGGCCGAUACUUAUGGACUGAUGCAUUUGGAGUAAUCAAUCUUCUUACAAUGCACCAGGAGUAUCGUCGAGCAGGCGGAGAAGCUUUGAAUGAUGAUCGAUAUCUGAAGCUAGCGCAUCAGCUCAUUAAUACCGUCCAUAAUAUACUAGGUUGGACCCGAGAUGGCCAGUCGCGUUUACCGGGGGCUACGGACAGCAAUCCACUCGGCGGUGGUCUACGAAUCGGCAAGACAGAUGAGCAUGGUUCCGACUGCGAUGGACAGUAUCAUCAUUACCUGACACUCUGGAUGUUUGCACUGAAUCGAAUGGCUAAGGCAUCUGGCGAUAUAAAGUAUAAUGAACAGGCUGUGGCGCUUGCGCAUGCUAUUCACCCAAAAUUUUGUGUGGAUCGCUCUAAGCGUUAUCCGCGAACCAUUUGGAAAAUGUCGAUGGAUCUAUCAACUCCCCUAGUCCCUACCGAAGGAAAUUUGGAUCCUAUCGAUGGGUAUGUUACUUUUCGGUUACUCCAAGCUACAGCGAUGGACGCUGGAGAGGGAGAGAUCCUGGCGGAGGAGAUCUCCGACUACAAGCGAAUUAUGGAACGUAGAGGGCCGCAUUUUCCCUCUAGCGACACGCUAGAUCUAGGCAUGACUUUUUGGACAGCCCACUGGUUUGCGAAGAGAGAAAAAUGGGCCUCUGACCUAGCAGAAAAUUGCUUUGAGCAGCUAUAUAACCUGUUCGAAAUUAAUCAGUAUCUUGAGCGCAACAUCAAGUUCCGUCUGGCAUUCCGAGAAUUUGGAACUUGUCUUGGGUUGCAGUGUCAAUCCGAGCAGACGACAGAAAAGGAUCGCGCCAUCGAUUUAAAGACCUGGUCAGACGCGAUCGUUGCCGCGUGGGAUCCAUACAUGGAAUUGUCUAUCUCCGAGGGUCUCACGCCCGAGGACCUUCGACCGAUCACGCGGGUGAUGUAUGCGUCAGCUUUGAUCCCUGGUGCAUUCUGUGCAGGAUACUUUGGUCCAGAAUCCAAAUUUAUCGAACAAAAGUAA